UGCAAUAAUAAUAUAAUAUCCUAUAUAAUAACAUAUAUUCGUACUACUUAUUCCAUAUGAUUUGAUAUUCAUAUGAAUAUUUAAAAUAAAUCAAAGAUUUUGAAUGAUUUGUUUGAAGUAGUCGAACUGAAUUUAAUAAAUUAUUAUUAAGAUCAAAUGUAAGUUUCUUUAAUAGAUCAGGUACAUUAAAAACAGUUGUAGCUGGAUAUGUUUCAAAUGGUGGUAGAUUAAUAAUAAGAAUAUGUUUAACACCUAUUUUAAUUAAAUCAUUUAUAAUUUGA